GUGAGGCAUUCACAGGAGAAAUAGUUCAGUUCCGUCCUCACUCAGUGGAUAAACAGAAAAGAGAGAGGAUAGACAGAAAAUGCUGUAAUAACAUAUAGUCUUAUUAUAAGAUGUUUGAUGUUUUUACUAUGUGGGGAAGCUAAUGUUGUUGUUAGCUAGUGGGGGUCACGGCAUCAGAUCAGGAUCAGGAUCAGGAUCAGGAUGGACCCUCCAUGCCAUUGCUGUUGUGGAGACUAUGCACGGGAGCUCUAGAGAUGGCCGUGGAAAUGUGGACAAAGUUAUGUUUGAACAGAGCGUGCGGUGCAACUUCUUCUCCAGAUUCUAGUUGAAAAGCCUCUAUGACCACCAUGAGCUGGAGCUUUCUAACUCGUCUUCUGGAAGAGAUCCACAACCAUUCCACCUUUGUGGGGAAAGUGUGGCUCACAGUACUCAUCAUAUUCCGUAUCGUGCUGACUGCCGUGGGGGGCGAGUCCAUCUACUCGGACGAGCAGACCAAGUUUACCUGCAACACCAAGCAGCCCGGCUGUGACAACGUGUGCUAUGAUGCCUUCGCUCCGCUUUCGCAUGUUCGCUUCUGGGUCUUCCAGAUCAUCAUGAUCUCCACCCCCUCUGUCAUGUACCUGGGCUAUGCCAUACACAAGAUAGCCCGCGCUUCCGAGGUGGAGCGCCGGAAGUUCCACCGCCGGAAGAAGCCCAUUCAGGCCCACAGGUGGAGGGAGAGCCACCCGCUUGAGGAGGUGCUGGAGAAUGAGGACGAUGAUGCAGAGCCCAUGAUCUACCAGGAGGACGUGGUGGAAGUCCAGGAGGUCAAGCUGGAGCCGGCCAAGCCGCAGAAACAUGACGGCCGCCGGCGGAUCAUGCAAGAGGGCCUGAUGAGGAUCUACGUUCUGCAGCUUCUGUCCCGGGCUGUAUUUGAGAUUGGCUUCCUGGUGGGCCAGUAUCUUCUCUAUGGCUUCCAUGUUAAUUCGUUCUAUGUGUGCAAUAAGGUGCCCUGUCCCCACAAGGUAGACUGCUUCAUCUCUCGGCCCACAGAGAAGACCAUAUUCUUGCUCAUCAUGUACGUGGUCAGCUGCCUCUGCCUGCUCCUUAAUGUUUGCGAGAUGUUCCACUUGGGUAUCGGAAAGUUCCGGGACACUCUCCGCAAGAGGAGGAACCAGGGGGGGCGACGGACAUCGUACAGCUACCCGUACUCCCGUAACAUCCCCACCUCUCCCCCCAUGUACAACCUGGUCAUGAAGUCAGACAAGCCCAACAGGAUCAUCCCCAACAGUCUUAUCACCCACCAUGAGAAGAACAUGGCCAACAAUGCCCUGGAACAUCACCAAGAGUGCACCAGUCCAGACGAGAACAUCCCCUCAGACCUGGCCAGCCUGCACCGCCACCUACGGGUGGCCCAAGAGCAGCUUGACAUGGCUUUCCAGACCUACAAUACUAACAAGAACCAGCCCACCUCCAGGACAAGUAGUCCAGUGUCUGGGGGCACCAUGGCAGAGCAGAACAGGGUCAACACAGCCCAGGAGAACCAAGGAGCCAGGCCGAAAUCAGCCACUACAGAGAAAGCUGCGACCAUUGUAAAGAACGGAAAGACUUCUGUGUGGAUUUAAGAAUGAUUAACUUCACGUGGUACAGUAAUCAUUCUGAAAAGCCAUUUUUCAAUUUCCAGGACCAUAUUCUGUGGAUACUGGAAGAUGUGUGAGAUGAGACAAGAUAUUAAAGGCUUUGGUGCAUGAAUCGAUUGCACUGCCCGAAUACACUGUAAAAAGUACAAUUUCAUUCAACAUACAAUUGUAAGGCAACCAGCUGCAAUAGGAUUGUGAGUUUGCUAAACAACAUUUUCACACACAAGCGUUUUGUUGUGAGUUUGCUCAACAACAUGUUUGUUGGGCAAACUCACAAUCCUACUGUACGUUGAAUCAACAUCUUUUUUCUUUUUACAAUAUAGAUUUAACUUUUGUCACCAACAGAAACCAGCAGUGUGACAUGUCGGAUCAGGAGCACACAAAAUAGGCACAUUGUGACCUCAGAACAAUAGUAAACAAUUUUUUUUUAAACAAACAAACAAACAAAUACAGUAGUAUGGAUCAUAUUAUUAGUAGGUUAUUGUGUGCUUUAAAUGCCAUAGCCUGAACAUAAUUAAUAUAUGCAUAUGUUGCUUAGUCAAACUUUUAUAAUUUUUGCGAUUUAUAGGGAGAUAUAAAAUAAACCAUGCUGGCAAUAUAAUUUUACCCUAGCUAUUGAACUGGAUUAAUUUGAAAAAAAAUAUUUAUAAUGGUUUUAACUAUAACAAUUGUGGCCUCGUUAGCCUAGUUAAAAGCAAUGCAGUGGUAAGCACUGUUUAAUGGUACUAUGCUUGAAUCAUGAUGCUUGAAAAAUGGACAGUCAACCAAAUGUGAAGAUUUUUUUGUUGUUGAGAAAUUCAGAACUGUUCAGAUUUGCACUUGUAACGUUUUAACUCAUUUUGAGUUGUAUUAUGACAUUUAGAGAAAUGAUGCAUGAAUAAUUUAUUUGUUUAAGAAAUUUUGGAUGUAGUUAGUAUAGGUUUUGUUGAAAGAAGAGAUGUGACAUGUUAUGGAACAAAUGGUGUUCCAUCAGCAGCAAAGAUUUGAGCUACACUGUUCUCCAUAAAGUCAUAUUUUAAUUCACUCCACUUCUCAAAGCUUUGUCACGUUAGGCAUUGUCGGAAUAAAUUAGUUAAAGAAGAAAAAGGUAAGUUGUUGUAUUGAAAACUUACCGUAAACCAAUUUCUGAUCAUUUCUGAUGUUUUUGUGGGGCAUAUAAUGCAUGCUACAUUUUCACACAUAUGACAUAUACAAUACAAUGUACAUAGUCAAAAAUCUAUCCUCAUAAAGUUGACUCCAUAUAUUCCUAUAUUUAGGAAUCUGUCUUGAAUCAAGUAGUUUUCUGCAUUGUUUUCAUAGUAUAUACAUAAUUCUGCCUUUAGCAUUAUGAUACUCCAGUCCAAAGUGCCUCAAACGGUUAAGAUUGUUCCUGUGUUUAAUUCAAAAAUAAAUAAACCUAGAUUAUGUGUGUCUCUAAUUAUAUGUCAUUGUAUAUUGUAUAUUGUAUGUGAAAGGGGAUACCUAGUCAAAUAAAAUGUUAUUUGUCACAUGCGCUGAA